AUGGCGGCCUCUGCCGCAUUGUCACUCCCCCUGCCGCCACGCCCUCUCCCCUGCCACGCCCUCAUCGGCCGCACUGCCUCCGCCGCCGUCGCAUCCGGCAGCAGCGGCGAGGGUUCUGUCGCUCUCGCGGUUCCGCCGCGCGCAGCAGGGCGGGCGCGCAGGGAGACGAUGAUGGGCGCGCACGUGCAUCAGGGGGCGCGGAGGUGCGCCGCUGCCCCGCCUGCCAUGCAAGCUGCCAUGCAAGCUGCCAUGCAAGCUGCCAUGCAAGCAGCCAUGCAAGCUGCCAUGCAAGCUGCCAUGCAAGCUGCCAUGCAAGCUGCCAUGCAAGCUGCCAUGCAAGCUGCCAUGCAAGCUGCCAUGCAAGCUGCCAUGCAAGCUGCCAUGCAAGCUGCCAUGCAAGCUGCCAUGCAAGCUGCCAUGCAAGCAGCUAUGCAAGCUGCCAUGCAAGCUGCAAGGCUCUGGAAGUGUUGUUUGAAACCCUCCAAAACCUCCUGCUCCCCUACCACGUAUGCCACCGCGGUGGAGCAGCACCUGAGGCGCGUGCUGCACGCCAUGCCGCCCGGAGUGGCCUUCAUUAUUGACGACAUCUCCACCGGGGAUACCCGUGCCUGCGGGGUGAUGUGGCACGCAGAGGUGGAUGGCCGGCCUCUCCCAUUCAGCCGCGGCUGUUCCUUCAUUCGCUGCCAGCCCGAGAACGGUGCUCUGCGCAUUGUGUUCGUGAGGGACAUCCCCGAGCCGUCCUUCAAGCCAGGCUCGGCUGCCCUU